CAGUGGACACGCACAGCCACACAUCCGUCAACAAACAGCAGACACCUUCAGCACGUUUCGUAACACAGAACCUCCCUGUGCUCCGAACAUGACCCGCUUCACUCACAUGUUCUGUAGAAGAGCUCGUCUGGAGUUCGGCCGGCUGCUCGGAGCAGCUCUCAGCCCCUGCAGAUGUUUCCACGCUGAACGAGUGAGACCUGACUCCAGCGGACUGCCUGUUGUUCACCACAGUCAGUAUGUGUGUGACCUUCCAGCCAAUCACAGGUUCCCCAUGGAGAAGUUCCCCAGGGUUCUACACUGUCUGAUCCAGGAUCAGGUCAUUACAGAGAAACAGGUGUGGGUCCCUGAAAUAGCCUCUGAAGAAUUACUCCGCUGUGUGCACACGCAGGAAUACUUGGACAACUUCAUUAACGGCAGAAUAAAUGAGCAGGAACAAAGGCGGACGGGGUUCCCCUGGAGCAAAGGCCUGGUGAGGCGCUGUCGGUAUGAAACGGGUGGGACUCUUCUCGCUGCUGAGGUGGCUCUGCACAGGGGUCUGGCCUGCAGCACAGCAGGAGGAACCCAUCACGCCUUCCCGAGCUUUGGUUCAGGCUUCUGUCUCCUCAAUGACUUGGCGGUUGCAGCCAAAUACCUGACCUCCUCCUCGCCCGGAAGAAAGGUUCUGAUAGUGGAUCUAGACGUGCAUCAGGGUGACGGCACGGCUUUCAUUUUUAAAGAUGAGCCAUGUGUGUUUACUUUCUCGGUGCACUGUGGGAAAAACUUCCCCGUCCGUAAACAACAGAGUGACCUCGACGUCAGUGUGGAGGAUGAGCUGGAGGACAAGGAGUACCUCUCCACAGUGGAGGCUCACCUGCCCAGCUUGCUUGAGAUUUUCCGUCCAGACCUGGUCCUGUAUGAUGCUGGUGUCGACCCUCAUUGGGAAGAUGAACUCGGGAGGCUCCGUCUGACCGACCAAGGGCUGUAUCGCAGAGAUCUGUACGUGAUGAAGACCGUGGUGAGCAGAGGCGUCCCCGUCGCUGCCGUAAUCGGAGGAGGAUACUCGAGAGACAUCGACAAACUGGCCCUCAGACACUCCAUCGUCCACAGAGCAGCGACUCAGGUUUGGAGGGAGUGUGGAAUGUGAAACCUUUCAAGCCACAAGAAAACCGUCACAUCCUCAAUACUGAUACUUGAUUUCAGGAGCCAAUGCCAAUAUUUAUACUUGGGAUGAAAAUAAUGUUGUAAUGCUGUAUGAACCAGCUGUGCUUUGUUUUGUUUACAUUAAUUAUUAAAAGGAUGUCGGGGGACAAUGGAGUCCUAACAGAUCCAACACAUGCUCGUCACCCUGCCACCUUUCUAGCUUCAAACAGUAUUCUGGGGACCUUGUUUCCCUCUGAGAACAACGUGUUUUAUUCUGUCAUGAAGAAAUUAAAGGUUAAUAGAGUUUGUGUUAUUACCUCGUUAA